AUGAAAAAUAAUUCCGAGACCCGUUUUGAUGCUACAAACUCUUGUCAAAAAGAAACUUUGAAAUCAAAAGGGAUCAUGAAGAAGUUAUUCAGUCGAUUCUUGAGUCAGAAAUCUCCUAACUUUCACACAAAAGUAGGUUCAUCAACAAUACGAAUAAAGUCGCCAGAAAAGCCAUCAACAAAUUCACCAUUGACUUCAUCAACAGGAGCAACUUCCUCAAGCACAUCUAAAAAUUCCCCAUUUGUUAAGGAACUAGUUGAAACGGGUAAACCAAAUUGGUCAAAAGCUCCACCGCAACUUAAACAAAGAUAUAAAGGAAUUCAUCUAAUUUUAUUGUCUAUACCUGUUAUCGCUAUAAGUUCUUACGAAUUAUGGGCAAGAUUAGAUGGUAAAUCAGUUAAGAAAAUGCAAACUGGUGAACUCUUAUCUGAUGGAUCAGUAAGAGAAUUUAAUGAGUUUGAAAAAUAUCAAAGAGAGAAGAAUAGUAUAAUUGGUAAGAUAUUUGGGUUAGAUUUUUUCUUAGAUGGGUUAACUAGUAAAACUAUGAAGAAAGAUUUGGAGAAGAAAGCGGUUGAGAAAAAUUAG